AAAUUUUCCGCCGGGACGUAACACAAUCCUUAAAACGAGGGGCGGCCUAUGCGACCGUCUGGUCCUGGAAGUUUUCCUCUAGGUUUGUUCCCUCGUAAUUAUUCCAGUUUUCAAAUCGCGAAAGAAUUGCAUUAAAAUAUAACUAUCGCACUUCAAAUUCAAGCACCUUAUCGUCGUCCGAAUCUAAUGGUGCGUGUUCACUAGCAAGUAAUUUGCUUAUUUUUUGCGAGAGCGAUUCUCGCGAGAAGUGUGUAGACACGUCCGAGAUAACUGUCAGCAAGUUGAACUCGGUUGCGGCAAUUGUUUGCAGUGUAUACACCUACUUUCUUUAUGGCGGACAGUAAUCCACACUUUCCAACGGCCCGAAAGAUUUACCGAGAGUUCAACAAAAAUGACAGAGAAAAAGUUGUGGUCAAAAGAAGAAAGUUUUAAAUUAAUUACGCGGUGGGAGCUUUUACCUGAGCUUUGGAAUGUGAAAAGUAAAUGUUGGAUUAUUUAUAAUGCGUCAGCUAGAAAGCAAAAAUAAAUUUAGUAUAUCUGAGAAACACUGCGUGCUUCAACGUUUUGUUUUCGGACCAGAUGUCAACGGACCCAUAAGCCUGGGACUGUUUAUACCUGAGGGCCUGGGUAACAGGCUGAAUGCAGUUUUGGUCUUUCUAGAAUCUAUAAGUGGGCAACAGACUUUUAACUUUGUCCUUACGGACUUUCUCGCCACUUCGUUUCAAAGCGUUAUAGAGAGAAGACGUCCUUCCAAUCCUUGAAAUAAAGUCUAAUUUUGUGUUGAAAUAUAUUGCGUUUUUAUUAGAAUAAAUCCCAUAAUCCAAUAGGUUAUGGGCCCAGUGAACAAUUUAAUUAUUAACUUUGUGGUUUGAAAAGGUGACAGACUAAUAAUAUAGUGUUUAAGAAACUAUAGUGACUAAAUAUAGUGAUUAGUUUUUUUUUAUUAAAUAGUGUAUAGAUCUAUAUUUAGUGGCAUUUCAUUUUUUUUUAAAUAUUCGUGUGUUAGUUUAAAAAAAAAGACAAAAAAAUGAUGGAAAAUUUAAAGGCAAAAAGAAACAUUAAAUCUUUCGAUUGUGAGCGUUAUAGUGUUUGGAAGCUGAGAGUGCGUGCUCUAAUGAGCGAACUAGACGUGAUAAAGGUGAUCGAUGAAAAAGCUCCAGACAUGUUGACCAUCGAAUGGAUUAAAGCUCACAAUGAGAGGGUCGCCAAAAAUGUUAUCGUGGAAUACUUAUCUGAUUUCUUUCUCGGGUUCGCGAGUACAGGGAGUACCGCGAGGGAAAUUUUGGAAAAUUCGGACGCAAUAUAUGAAAGGAAGAGUUUAGCAACUCAAUUGGCGAUAAGAAAAAAAUGAUUAAGUCUUAAAUUGCAGGGUGAUAUAUCUCUUGUGAAACAUUUUACAGUCUUUGAUGAUCUGAUCACUGAACUGUCGGCAGCAGGAGCGAAAAUGGAAGAGACGGAUAAAGUGUCACACCUUUUAUUAACACUUCCAACGAACUAUGAUGGUGUUAUAAUUGCGAUAGAAACUUUAUCGGAAGAUAAUAUAACAUUGGCAUUUGUAAAGACACGAUUAUUGGAUCAUGAGGUAAAAUUAAAAGCGGAGUGCAGUUCAACGAGUGAAAAGGUGCUUCAAGCUCAGCAAGUGAACACACAAAAUAUUAAAGGACAUAACUUUAGAGGUGCGAGUGGCUCGAGUAGACCUCAAAUUUAUAAAAAAUAUAAAAAAUAAUUCUCGAGGUCGAAAAAUAGUGCGUCAAUGAUUAAGUGUCAUCACUUCGGAAGGAAGGGACAUAAAAUUAGAGACUGCUUUCAUUAUCAGAGGAGCCUCCAGUAUAAAGAGCAGCGAAAAAGAACUGUUCAAACUGUUCAAACAGCCGAAGCAGAACCGAAGGGGGCAGAAGAGAGUACAUCAGGAUUUGCAUUUAUGGCUGGGGACGACCAUGUAAUGGAAGAAAAAGGAAAAUUAAUUUUUCUUUUGGAUUCCAGAGCGUCGGACCACUUAAUCAACAAGGACAAUGUGUUCUCCGAUUUUGAAGAAUUACAGCCGACCGUGAAAAUUUCUAUAGCAAAGACCGGAGCAUUCAUCACAGCUACGAGGAAAGCAAACUAGAAGAUGUCCUUUACUGUGCGGAAGUACCGUACAACCUUUUGUCCGUGCGAAGGAUGCAGCAAAAAGGAAUGAGUACCAUCUUCGAUACAAAUGGUGUGACCAUCGAAAAAAAUGGUAAAACCAUCAUGACUGGUAAGCCCUUAAAUAAUUUAAUUGCAGUGGACUUAGAAAUAAAUGCAAAAAGGGUAAGCAGUAUUAAUGUUCAAAUAAAUCAUGUUUUAAAUAAUAAUUAUGAAUUAUAGCAUAGGCGUUUGGGGCACAUGGGAAGAUCUAAAUUCUUAGAAUUAAAAAACAAGCAAAUGGUCGAUGAUAUAGAAUACAUUGAUAAAAUUGUACCGAAUGAUAACUUAUGUGAAGCUUGUAUAAACGGUAAAGAAGCACAAUUACCAUUUGAAAAAGUUAAAGAUAAAAGUCAUAUAAAACGACCAUUGUUUAUUGUCCACUCUAAUGUUUGUGGACCUAUCACUCCUCCCACAAUUAAUAACAAGAAUUGUUACGUACUGUUUGUAGACGAAUUCACUCAUUAUUGUGUAACAUAUUUAUUGACAUAUGUCAGAUGUUUUUUCAGUUUUUAAAGAUUUUAUUGCAAAGAGUGAAGCUCAUUUUAAUAUAAAAGUAGUAAAUUUAUAUUGUGAUAAUGGUAGAGAAUUGUUAUCAAAUGAAAUGAAAGGCUAUUGCGUACAGAGAGGUAUUAGUUACUGUUCGAGAAUGUAAUUUCUACCGCCUUCACGCGGACCGCGGCAGCACUCUGCGGCGCGACCGGCAGCCACCUUGGAUGCUGGUCAGGCCGACCAAUGAGCGAGCGUUACGUCAGCGAGAAGAAAGCCAACGGUUCUCGCUGCGACGAAGCUGGUUGAGCGGCCAUUAACAUUCUUAGUCUUGUACUAGUUAGCACGUGCGAAAUCGUUUGUCUAGUUUUCAUUGCUAUCAUCUCAAGCUCAAGUUCAAAAAUCUCGCUAGUAACACCGCAUUGCAGUGCCGACGGCCCACGCAUACGCGUGUGUUUACAAUCUCAUUAAAUCCACGAAAUUAAUAUAAUUUCGCGGUGGCCACGUAUUGCGCCAACACGUGGCUUUUGAUACAUCUCAAACUCGAGCUCGAUUCAACGCGACGCGUGCGAAUUGUAUUACAAUCUCAAGCUUUAUGUUUCAUUGUGUUGUUCGACGAACAGACUUGUACAUAGUGUAUAUAAUUUGUGCUUGUAAAUAUACUUUGUGACUGUUCGUUUCAGACUCUCAAACUCUAUUCACCGUCUCACCGCCAAUCCUUUCAAUCAGAACCGGUUCUCGAUCAUACGAAAACUCUCGAACCCGACUUUCAAACAGUUAUCAUUUAACAGUACCACGAACCCCUCAAUUGAACGGUGUUUCCGAACGUAUGGUUAGAACAAUAACAGAAAAAGCACGCACAAUGAUAUUGUCUGGUGCUGAUUUAGGUAAAGUAUUUUGGGGAAAAAAUGGAUUGUACGAUGGCGGAGAGCCAAGAAAAUAGUGAAUUGUCAGAAAAUCCAGAGCCGAAUCACGAACAGAUAAAUCAGGGGAGAAAGGAAAGCAAUGAAAAACCAAAUGAGGAAAUCAACAAGCAAUUAAUUCAAUUACUUGCAACAUAUAAGAAACAAAAUGCAGAGCUGAAAAAGGAAGUCAAGGGACUCGUUAAAUAUAGUCGAGGGGCAAGAGGAGAAGGUAGAGGAAGAGGCGGAGGAGAGGGUAGAGGAAGAGGAAGUAGAGGAAGAGGCGGAGGAAAAUGGGGCGGUUAUGUCAAAAACAAUCCUACUAUCAUUUUUAAAUAAAUAAAAAAAGAAAAAAAAAUACUAUGGUUUCUUUAUUGUACAUUCUACCCAUACCCUAAUUUAAUAUAAGUAAAUAUAAUAUUAUUAGUACAUAAUUUUUUAAUAUACAGGGUGUUUCGUUUAAAACAGGCCACCUAAAUAGCCCCUCUAUCUCUGAAAAUACAAAAAAUGUUUCUGACGUAAUCUGAAUAUCAGGAAUAUACAUAUAUCUCAUUUGGAAGAUAUUAAAUUUCUUUCCGAACUUGCCUUCAUUACUGACAUGACUAAUCAACUUAGGCUUCUCAAUUUAAAGCUGCAAAGAACAAAUCAAAAUAUUUCUAAAUUAGUUAGUUAUGUUGAUUCUUUCCGAAGAAAAUUAUGAUUAUUAAAAUCUCAUUUAAAUAAUGUUUUUCAUUUUUUUCCUUCUUGCGAGAUUCUCUUCAAAGAAUACGGCAAUAGCUGCAAUUUCAAGGAAUAUAUUCAUUUCGUCGAUUAUCUCAUAGAAGAAUUCGAUACACGUUUUAUUUGCUUCGAAAAACUUAGAACCGAAUUAAUUCUUUUCGAGAAUCCCCUUACAGCGCCAAUCGAAGAACAACAUCUUGACUUACAGCAUAAAUUAUGUGAUUUACAAAGUGAUAUUUCUCUUAAAACAGUUAAAGAAGUAGGUCCUGAUUUUUAUAAAAUGUUGUCAAAAACAUCGCGUCCUAAGCUUCGUGAUUUUAGACUUCGAAUUUUUUCAAUGUUUGGAUCCACAUAUUUAUGUGAAACUUCAUUUUUACAAAUGAAAUUUAUAAAAAAUGGAAAACGUUCUUUAUUAAGCGAUGAUUCUUUACCGCAUCUUAUGCGGCUUGCUACGUGCAAUAAUUAUUUUCAUUUCUUAUUUAAUUUUAUUUCCGUUUAGUUAAAGGGUUCUUUAAGUCAUCAGUGGAUUAAGUCUACUGGGGAUACCACUUAAAAAAAAAAUGCAUCGACAAUACAGUAAAACCUGGAUAAAUGCAACGAAAGAAUGCUUGGAUAAGUGCAACAUCGCUAUCCCCUCCACUUAGGGGGAUCCCC